AUGGCAGGCAAAAUGACGCUGUACAAGCUGGUGGUGCUGGGCGACGGAGGUGUGGGAAAGACUGCCCUCACUAUACAGUUGUGCUUGAACCACUUCGUUGAGACAUACGACCCCACCAUUGAAGACUCGUACCGCAAGCAGGUCCAGAUUGACGGCCAGUCAUGCAUGCUCGAGGUUCUCGACACAGCCGGCCAGGAAGAGUACAUUGCCCUCCGCGACCAAUGGAUACGCGACGGCGAGGGCUUCGUGCUCGUCUACAGCAUCUCAUCACGCUCCUCGUUUGCCCGCAUACAACGCUUCCACAGCCAAAUACAGCGCGUCAAGGAAACCUCCAUGGCUGCAUCGCCAACCUACCCGGGCUCGCCCAUUACCGCAUCUGCCCCCGUCUUUGGCCAGGCUCCCGUCAUGCUCGUUGGAAACAAGUGCGAUCGCGUCACCGAACGCGAAGUCUCGACCCAAGAGGGCCAGGCCCUUGCCAAAGACCUCGGCUGCGACUUUGUCGAGGCCUCGGCCAAGAACUGCGUCAAUGUCGAAAAGGCCUUCUUCGACGUCGUCAGACAACUCCGACGGCAACGACACCAGGGCAACGGACGCAGUCCCACGGACCGAAAAGAACCUCGCACCCGCGCUGGCUACCACGACAAGGACCGGACACGGGGCACGGGCGACCGACGCACACGAGGCGCUGGCAUGGCCGGUGCCAACAAGCGCGGCAAGGACAAGCCCAAAUGCGUCAUCUUGUGA